GUUGGUGAAAAGACGGGACAUGGAGAUUUUUCCCUUAAACAAAUGGUUGGCCGUGGCCCGCUCCGGCGCCGCAUCAUCAAUGAUUCAACGCUGCGGCUUCUUCGACGGAAGACCGUCGGACGCUUGGUGAUGUCGAGAUCGGGAUUUAAGUCUUUGCGCCAUGGACCCGGAGGAGGAGCUGCCACUGGAACUCAAGGAUUUCAACCUCCUCUUUCAUCGAUUCCUUACAGCACUUGCCUUCAUCCAUGGCUGCACAAGUUAGUUGAAAAUGCACUUGGUGGUUGGCCUUUCGGACUUGAGAGCUUGACCUUCAGACUGAGGAAUAUGGAGUGCUUACAAGCUCCCACAAUCGCAACAAAUUCACUUAACAGACAUUCAGAUAGUUUUCCCUCCUAUUCUUCUUCUGAACUUGAUACUAUCUCAACAAAAUCCUUCUUCCAAGAUCAUAGCAUCACGCUGGGCACUUUAAUUGGGAUGACUCCAGUAGACAGAAAUGUGCGAUUUGCAAAAUCAUUUUUGCAUGAGGAAUUGGAGUAUGCAGCAAUCAAAAGCCUAACGUGUGACUCUGCUGAGGAACAUGACGAAGAGAUGGUAUCUUGUUGCGUCUGUGCCCCUUUUGUAGAGAAUGUUCUUCCUGGCAAGAACAGCUCAAGAUGAUGAAGUUGUCUAAUGGAUACUUUCAGCACCAUGAGAUCGCCUGUUCUUUUUGUAGCUGUGAAGGUAUAGCUGGAUGUUCAGCCUUUCGCCUACUGCUGCCAAGAAUAAUAGCAAGUGUUCACUUCCACACUAGAACUCUGUAUGCUCUAAUAUACUACAAGUGAUGGAGAGAACUUGGGCACUAUUUCAUUGAGAUCUUUGUUUUCCCUGAUUUGCUACAAGUGAAGGGGACUUAGGCACUAUUUAAUUUCAUUGAUGAAAUGUUGUUGUGGACUCUAGAGAUUAAGGUUAUCAGUUGAUUUAUGCAUUUGAUUUUUGUGGU